AUGGCAAUCGUGCAAGACUGGCUCCCAGCGAGUCGUGAGAACUACGAGUGCAUCUUGUACCUAUGGAUUUGGUAUCCUAUCCUGCCGUCCCUGCAAUGGUUCAUGGCAUGGUAUGGCAUGGGCAAGACGUCUGUCGAGAGCCGCUUCAAUAUCCCUGGCCGCAUUGCCUGGUUCACAAUGGAAUGCCCCGGAUUCAUGACUCUACUGUACAUCAUGAAAACCCUCCCAGCCCAGCACGGCAUUGAGGACCUACCAUGGCAGAACCAGGUCCUUGCCGGACUAUUCGUUCUCCACUACAUAUAUCGCGCUGUCAUCUUCCCCAUCAUCCAGCCCUCCAUGUCACCCAUCCACGUCGUCGUGUGGGGUGCAGCCAUUAUGUUCCAGCUUACCAACGCAACUUGCAUCGGCAGCUGGCUCGCGGCGUACGGUCCGAUGACCCAAGCCGAAUGGAAAGCGCAGAACUCGUCGGUUCUGCAGUUCUUCAUCGGACUGGUCAUCUUCUACGUAGGUCUCAUCUCUAAUUACUUUUGUGAUGAGGAGCUGCGGGAAAUCCGCCGCCAAAAACAGCGCCGCCAAGAGAAGCUUGCUCGGGACGGACAGAAGAGCAUCCAGAAGCAUUAUUCAGUCCCUGAGAACGGCCUGUUCAGGUACAUGCUGUACCCGCACUACUUUAUGGAAUGGAUCGAGUGGACGGGCUUCUGGGUUGCGACUGGUUUCUCCUGCACUCCUGCGAGGUGUUUCCUUCUGAAUGAGUUCUUCGCCAUGUUGCCACGUGCUGUCAAUGGAGCGAAAUGGUACAAGGAAAAGUUUGGCGAGGACAAGAUCAAGGGAAAGUGGGUCGUUAUACCUGGUGUUUAG